CGGGCGGCGCGGUGCAGUGUGGGAGCUGCUGUGGGCUGAGCCGCCAUUUUGUUGAGGAGCUGAGCCGCGCUCUCUGGGCGUCCGUCUGUUUUUCUCUGCGUUUCAAGCGAUAAUAAUUUGGAGAGCCCCGAGUGUGUGCGCGCGGCCGUGUAGGAUAUCGUUACUGUUCACACACUGUGCGAGAAGACCCCGAGUGAUCCGCUCAGGAGGCCGCCCACUGAGGGUGUGUGAGGAGGAGGAGGAGGCGGCGGCGGGGCCCGGGCCAUGGGCCGCUCUCGGAGCCGGAGCUCGUCCCGCUCCAAACACAACAAAAGCGCCAAACACGGCAAGAGGAGGACGACGCGGUCCCGCUCCCGCGACAGGGACCGAGACCGCGACCGCGACAAGGAGAGGCCCAGGAAGCGCUCCAAGUCCCGGGAGAAGAAGAGCCGGCGGCACGGGGGGGGAGCGGCGAGCGGCGGCGGCGGCAGCCGGGAGUCCCGCUCGCGCUCCCGCUCCACCCGCCGCACCACCCCCGAGAGGAUCGACAUCUUCGGCCGGAACCUGAGCAAGAGGAGCAGUCUGGACGAGAAGCAGAAGCGAGAGGAGGAGGAGAAGAAAGCGGAGCUGGAACGGCAGCGCAAGAUCCGGCAGCAGGAAAUAGAAGAAAAGCUUAUUGAAGAAGAGACUGCAAGGAGAGUGGAAGAACUUGUGGCGAAACGUGUAGAAGAAGAACUUGAGAAACGAAAAGAUGAGAUUGAGCGUGAGGUCCUCAGGCGAGUCGAGGAGGCUAAGCGCAUUAUGGAAAAGCAGCUGUUGGAGGAGCUUGAACGACAGCGACACGCUGAGCUUGCUGCACAGAAAGCCAGAGAGGAGGAAGAACGAGCUAAACGAGAAGAACUUGAGCGAAUAUUGGAGGAAAAUAAUCGAAAAAUAGCAGAAGCUCAAGCUAAAUUGGCUGAGGAGCAAUUGAAAAUAGUUGAAGAGCAAAGAAAAAUCCAUGAAGAAAGGAUGAAGCUAGAGCAAGAACGACAGCGUCAACAAAAGGAAGAACAAAAACUGAUCCUGGGCAAGGGGAAGUCCAGGCCAAAGCUGUCCUUCUCAUUGAAAAGCUCUGUUGGAUAACUUUGUGCUUGUAUUCAUUUUCUCUUUUUUUUACCUUGUAGCUUCAUGUUGAAGUGUUUUUGGGAAAGAACAACAAAGUUAGAAUGGUCAAAUGUGGGCUGUGCUCUACAACAUUUCUUAACAGAAUGAGAAAUGUGAUUUUAAAACUGAACUUCAAACAUCCUGUUUAUCAAUACAAUGGAACCCUGUAUAGAGCAUCUCUGAUUUGCGAAUCUAAACAUUCUCCUAAGCAAAAAUUCUCAUCAGUUUUCAAAACAAAUUGCCAGAAAUAAUAAUAGAUUGGCACGAAAAGAUUACUGGGAUCUUCAUAGAGAUGAUCUUAAGAUGGGUUCCGCUGUAGUUUAUCUUAGCAAAACCCAAUGUGAUGUAAAUGUUUAGUAGUAUUGGGAUGAUGUAGUAAUAUCAACUGUAAAUUAAACAAUUUACUAACGGUGCCCAUUUUAAACAGUUAUGUUUAAAGUUUGAUCUUUAAUCAAAUUGGUUGCCCCCCCAAAAACUGAAGUAAAUAUGCAGUCUGUCUGAUGUGUUAACAAAUACAAUGCUGUUGUCGGCAGAAUGGCUCCAAACAUUCACAGGUAAGGGAAAAUUUAACCCACCGAUUUUGGGAAGGGGGGGGAAUUGCCGUUUUGGAUUUGCAGUACAUAUUACCUCUUCAUGUUCUAAUUUUGUUUUUAUCAUCUAGCACACAUUAACCUGCUUUUUUCCCCAUACUGUAAAUGUACAAACUUCACAGAAUAAAAUACAGUCUUAAACGCA